AGCCCGAACGGGGAUGGGCGGAGCCAGUCUAGCUGCUGCACAGGCUGGCUGGCUGCUAAGGGCUGCUCUGUGCUUUUGCCAGAGGACAGAGACUGACAUGGAACAGGGGAAGGGCCUGACUGGCUUCAUCCUGGCUAUCAUUCUUCUUCAAGGUAGUUUGGCCCAAUCAUUUGAAGGAAACCGCAAGCUUAACGUGUAUAACCAAGAAGAUGGUUCAGUACUUCUGACUUGUCAUGUGAAAAACACAAAUAUCACAUGGUUUAAAGAAGGGAAGAUGAUAGACAUCCUAACUGCACAUAAAAAUAAAUGGAAUCUGGGAAGUAAUACCAAGGACCCUCGAGGGGUGUAUCAGUGUAAAGGAUCAAAGGACAAGUCAAAAACACUUCAAGUGUAUUACAGAAUGUGUCAGAACUGCAUUGAACUAAAUGCAGCCACCAUAUUGGGCUUUGUCUUAGCUGAAAUCAUCAGCAUUUUCUUCCUUGCUGUUGGGGUCUACUUCAUUGCUGGACAGGAUGGAGUUCGCCAGUCAAGAGGUAAGGAAAAAAUGACCUUAUGACUGUGCUGUCCUUUCCAGCCCCUCAAGGAUCGAGAAGAUGACCAGUACAGUCACCUUCAAGGAAACCAGUUGAGGAGGAAUUGA